AUGGACAAAAGUUGGAUGUGUCUUGCAGAUAGAAGACUCCCGGAAUAUGAAGACGGAGUUAAGAACUUCUUGGAUUUUGCAUAUUAUUCAAAACAAGGCUCGGAUAAGAUAAGGUGCCCUUGUAAAAAAUGUAAUAAUGUGUGCCUCCGAAGUCGAGACAAUGUCGAAGCUGAUUUAUUAGAGUAUGGCAUACUUCAGAGUUAUAUCACGUGGAUGCUUCACGGUGAGGAAAUUGAUGAUUCUAGUAACGAGAAAUUGGAUUCUGAUCCACUGGAUGGCAACGACGAAGGUGACGAAUGA